UUCUCUUUCUCGGGAAAAACCUGAAGCGAAGAUGCCUGAGCCAGCGAAGUCGGCGCCGGCCCCGAAGAAGGGCUCCAAGAAGGCGGUGACCAAGGCGCAGAAGAAGGACGGCAAGAAGCGCAAGCGCAGCCGCAAGGAGAGCUACUCGGUGUACGUGUACAAGGUGCUGAAGCAGGUGCACCCCGACACGGGCAUCUCGUCCAAGGCCAUGGGCAUCAUGAACUCGUUCGUCAACGACAUCUUCGAGCGCAUCGCGGGCGAGGCGUCGCGCCUGGCGCACUACAACAAGCGCUCGACCAUCACGUCGCGGGAGAUCCAGACGGCCGUGCGCCUGCUGCUGCCCGGGGAGCUGGCCAAGCACGCCGUGUCCGAGGGCACCAAGGCCGUCACCAAGUACACCAGCUCCAAGUAAAUUAGGUGCUCCAACCGCGCCCCUGUAAACCCAAAGGCUCUUUUCAGAGCCACU